AUUGCGUGCAGAAACCAAACCAGCCCAGCCUUUGAACUUCACCGCUUUUGGCUCGUAUUCACGCUCUUCCGCUCAUUUCCAAGCCAGGUGCUUGACGACAGACCUCAGAGAGAGAGAGGAAGAGUGUGUCGCAGAAAAAAAUCACACUUUUACGACUCCUGCAAACUGACUGCGGAACAUUGCUUUCACCUUUGAGGAUUUUUUUACGUGUGUGCAUCUUGCAUGUGUUUUUUCCAGUAUUGCCCGCCGCAGGUCUGAAAGAGAGUUGUUACUGGACUUGAACGAACGCGCAUCAGUGUUUUAACUCGGGAGAAAGCAAAUCACCCGCUGGAUUUUUAUUUUAUUCUGUUUUAUUUUUACUCUUUUCCCGAUUCAGAACAUCUCAGACGUGGCAUGACUGGUAUCUGGCAUCUGGACAGGUGAAUAGUUUCCCUCCUUCCGAUAAGAACUUUUCCUCGUCAUUAACAUUGGGGAUAAAGCGCACUUUUUUUUAAAGAUGUCAAAGCCUGCUGAUCAUAUCAAGAGACCCAUGAACGCGUUCAUGGUCUGGUCCCGGGGCCAGAGGAGGAAAAUGGCACAGGAAAAUCCUAAAAUGCACAACUCCGAGAUCAGCAAAAGACUGGGCGCCGAGUGGAAGCUGCUCUCCGAGUCCGAGAAGAGACCUUACAUCGACGAGGCCAAGAGGCUGCGCGCUCAGCACAUGAAGGAGCACCCCGACUACAAGUACAGACCCCGGCGCAAACCCAAGAACCUGCUCAAGAAGGACAGGUACGUUUUCCCUCUGCCUUACCUCGGAGACACCGACCACCUGAAGGGACUCCCUGUGUCAGACUCUCUUUUGGGCCCCAUGGACAAAGCACGCGCGUUUCUGCCGCCGACGUCUGCCCCGUACUCCUUCCUCGACCCGAGCCAGUUCAGCUCCAGCGCCAUCCAGAAGAUGACGGAGAUGCCCCACGCGUUGAGCACCAGCACUUUGCCGUACGCGUCCUCCUUGGGAUACCAGAACGGAGCGUUCGGCACCCUUGGGUGUCCCAGUCAGCACACCCACACCCACCCUUCGCCCACAAACCCGGGCUAUGUGGUCCCGUGUAACUGCACAGCCUGGUCAGCGUCCAGUUUACAACCCCCGGUGGCCUACAUACUUUUUCCAGGUAUGACCAAGACUGGGAUAGACCCAUACUCAUCCGCACACGCCGCUGCCAUGUAACCCUCAAGACUCUUUCUUUUUUCUAAUUCACUUGAAUACUGAAAUGCAUGUAAAUACAACACGGACAGCGCGCCCGGUUUAAAAGGCAUGAACAGUAUUACCUGCCUUGGACUUGUUAUGGCAAAAAAAUAAAGAGGAAAAACAAAACUUUUGCAGAAAUCCAACAAGUUCCAGAGCAGAGCAGAAGGAGCUGGAUUUAAAGGACGGUGCCCUGUGAACUGUAAGAAAUGUAAAUGUUAUAACGUUUAUGGCAGCCAGAAAAGGAGGCCUUUAACUUUAUUUAUUGUGUACAUUUCAAUGCUAAUAUGCUGAUUUGUGUUGAUUAUCGAUAGGGUACUCUUUUAUUUGAAAAUUUGGCUUGCACAAUUAGCAUUCUUCUUUCCUGUAUAGGCCUGAGUAGUCCACAUUUUGGCACUCGUAAUUUUAUUCUGAUGCUCUGGUGAAAAUCAGGACCUCUAGGCUGGAUUAUAUACGGGUCAUAUUGUUUAUAUUUAUCAAAAACUGGCACAUAAAACAAGACGGUCUAUUUAAGAGGACAAAAAGAGAAAACAUCUUUUACAUCCAAAUGUUUUAUUUUGCAUUUUUCCUGUGGUUCAGUGCUGAUAUAUUCACACGCGUCUUUUAUUUUGUAAUUUGUUUUUUAAGGAUAACUUCUAUUUGAAUUCCAGAAGUUAAUAUGUGUAUUAUCAUCUAAGAUGGUAAUUUAAAAACCUGUCAUGUUAUGGAAAGGAUAAUGUAUUUAGAAGGUUGAUACCUCCUGCUCUUUGUUCACAAGCUGAGCAAAGGCAUUUCGAAUAAAGACCAUCUGUCUUCAACGAUA